AUGAGAUCCUUGGAUGGAGAUAAGCUGCUGGGAAUCUCUUGGGUCGACAGUUCCUGGAUCCCCAUUUUGAACAGUGGAAGUGUCCUGGAUUACUUUUCAGAAAGAAGUAAUCCUUUCUAUGACAGAACAUGUAAUAAUGAAGUGGUCAAAAUGCAGAGGCUAACGUUGGAACACUUGAAUCAGAUGGUUGGAGUGGAGUACAUCCUUUUACAUGCUCAAGAGCCAAUUCUUUUCAUCAUUCGAAAGCAACAGCGGCAGUCUCCUGCUCAAGUUAUCCCUCUUGCUGAUUACUAUAUCAUUGCUGGGGUGAUUUAUCAGGCACCGGACUUGGGAUCAGUUAUAAACUCCAGAGUGCUCACUGCAGUGCAUGGCAUUCAGUCAGCUUUUGAUGAAGCGAUGUCUUGCUGUCGAUAUCAUCCCUCCAAAGGAUAUUGGUGGCACUUCAAAGAUCACGAAGAACAAGAUAAAGUCAAACCGAAAGCUAAAAGAAAAGAAGAACCAAGCUCUAUUUUUCAGAGACAGCAUGUGGAUGCUUUACUUGUAGACCUUAGGCAGAAAUUUCCACCUAAGUUUGUGCAGCAAAAGUCCGGAGAAAAGCCAGUCCCAGUGGAUCAGACAAAGAAAGAGGCAGAACCCAUACCAGAAGCUGUAAAAUCUGAGGAGAAAGAGCCCACAAAGAAUGCCCCACAGGCAGUGAACACUAAAGACCCACCCGAGAAAAGGAUCCGAUUUCAGUGAGCAUUGGACGGAGAAAGGCUCCCAAGACUCUGUUUUCAGUUAUUACACCUCAGGACUGUUGUCGAUUUUUGAGCUUGAUAGCCCUUUUCCUCAGCCCUCUCAUCUGUACGGGAUGUGGUUAUUCUUUAAGAAAGGUUAUACCCAUCAUGCUGUGUGAGUAUUUCUUAUGUAUCUUUUGUAAUCUUUCUUCUACUGGACUCGA